AGGGGCAUUAGGACCCAGAGCAACGGGCCGCAGGUGUCAGUUAUCAUGGCGGACAAAAACAAAACCAACCCAGAAAAGUUUUACAGUGAAAUACUGAGCCCCUCCGAGCUGUUUGCAGCUCGGUCCAGGAGUCAUAAGAUCCCUGUCAGAGGGCAGAAGGACUUCUUUCCCAAUGACUCAGAGGAGCAAAAACAGCGUCUGGAGCAGAGUCUGAAUGAACACUGGAGCCUGGUGUCAGAGGAGCGAGUAGAGAGGCUAGGAAACCUCGUGACGGCCUUGUGGGUACAGAAUGAACAGAUUGUAGAACUUCAGACUCCAGCUGGAAAGUUUUGGCAGACGAUGGGUUUUUCUGCCAACGGCAAGCAGUACCUCCAUCCUGAAGAAGCUCUCUACCUGAUGGAAUGUGGUAACCUUCAGGUGUUUGAGCAUGACCUGCCCAUGUCUAUCCAGGAUGGCUAUGAGAAAUUUCUUUCCCCCCAGUCUUUGACCCUCCAGCAGUAUCAGGUUUUUGGACAUUUGAAGAGGCUUGGCUAUGUGGUGACCAGAUUUCAUCCCAGUCCAGAGGCGUCUUCUUAUGCCAGACAGCUGAACCUUCCCAAGCCACAUGGCAGACGUCUAAAGAGGAAGCGCAGUGCCAGCCCCACCACACUUUCAAGUCAUACAGAUUUGAGAGAGGAGCACACGUGUGAGGAACCAGAUGAUAUUAAAUGCACUCAUGAUGGAAAUGAGGAUAACAGUCUUCAGUCAGAUCAUCCCACCUGUCCAGAAGCCACAACGUUCCAAACCUCUGCUGCCAGUUCAGCAGACACAAGAAACAGUCGGUCCUGGUGGAUGACAGAUGCUUUUGUGGGUGUAGGCCAAAAAUCAGAACAAUGCUCCACUGCUGGCUCACGCUGGGACUUCAGUGUCAUCCUUUUCCCAGACCUGGGAUCCAGGAGGCUCCGGCACAGCUGCUUGUCCUCCCCAGACCCCUCUCUGCUGCCUGGGAUGCUGUCUGUAGGAGACUGUGAUGUCACUCCUUGGAUCCAGAGGAUAAACCUGAGAGAGGUGAAGAUGUCUACAAAGGAGGUACAGAGGGAACAGCACCAGCUUAGACACCAGCGCAAUGUCAACAAAGACAAAAAGGUUCAGCAGUGCAGAAACUGGACAGAGUAUCGGGAGCUUCAGGAAAGGCGGCAGGGAAAGCUUAAAGGUCAAGCGGCACACUUGUGGAACAGAGAAGUUAGUCCUUUACACGACCCAAGACAAGAGGUGACUACAGAGGAGCUGCUGGAGAAAAUCAGCGUGAUUAAAUCAACCAAUUUGCUGGAGGGAUCAUCCAGAUUGAAAGCUUCAGAUGAGUGGAGGAUUUGUUUCAAUGUUUACCAACCUGAUGUGGUGACCGACUUCAAGAAGAGCAACCCGGGGAAACCUUAUUCCCACAUGUGUGUUUGCAGUUUUGAUGGUCCGGUGCCUGACCUGGGAGUUUUAAAGCAUCUGGCCUCACAGAGUGCAGACGUCCCUGUGGUCUUUGCUGUGGUGGAUUAUGGGGACAUAUCUUUUUAUACCUUCAAAGACUUCCACCUGCCUACUGAUGUGUACCAAUAAAGCAUUACUCACUUUAUAACAGUAGUGUUGAGCAGGGUGGAAGUGGAAAUGUCAGAUGUGUUUCCUGCAUGGACAUCAUGCACCACUUCUUAAACUGUUUUUUUUAUUAUUAUUAUUAUUAUUAUUACUUCCAGUGAAACUCGCUGGAAGGAUCUCAAAAAAGCCCAGUUGGCGGCGAUCUGAAGUAGGUAACUGUUGGCUCUUUACGCAGAGGAAAUCAGUUUGUGUGUAUGAUAAUUUGUUUGGCAAAAUGCACAUUAUAAACUGAAAAUAUGUUAAUGUAAAGUUGUUUCUCUGUUCAUAUUUACAUGCUGUGUGGGGAAAAGUGCACAUUGUAGGGUUGCCCUCUGGAUUUUUUUUUUUAGCAGAGUAAUGGGCUGGGGAAAAAAAAUCACAUUUAAAAGCCGGGGGUUUGAAGGCUGCUUAGGCGGCAGUCUUUCUGACCAAAACUUUUUUCCCCAAGUACAACCAGAAGGAGCUCAUUGAUGUGUGAUGUAAUUUUG